GUGGGCAAGAGGCUAUAGCAGAAGCUAAUGAUCCUUAUGAUGUCUGGUGACAAAGGAAUUUCUGCCUUCCCUGAAUCAGACAACCUUUUCAAAUGGGUGGGACCAUCCAUGAAGCAGCUGGCACAGUAUAUGAGGACCUGAGGUAUAAGCUCUCCCUGGAGUUGCCCAGGGGCUACCCUUACAAUAUGCCUACAGUAAAGUUCCUCACGCCCUGCUACCACCCCAACGUGGACACCCAGGGUAACAUCUGCCUGGACAUCCUGAAAGAUAAGUGGUCUGCACUGUAUGACGUCAGGACCAUCCUACUGUCCAUCCAGAGCCUGCUAGAACCUAACAUCAAUAGCCCUUUAAACACACUUGCUGCUGAGCUCUAG